CUCAAUGUUGGAUGUCGUGCUAUGACAACGUCACUGCUACUCCGUCCUCGCUGGGUCGACCCGUCGGUAAUGUUCCUCUACGACAACGUUUCCGAUGAAGUGAGCAAGAACAUGGACGCUAGCGGUGGUGGUUUUGCGGGAGGCAACUUUGCGGCGAACCAAUGCAGAAACCUGAUGGCGCACCCCGCGUCCCUCGCUCCGAGCACCGCGUACUCGUCAAGUGAGGUCCCCAUCUCCGGUAUGGGUGAGCAGGCCAAGCAGUGCAGCCCUUGCUCGGCUGCGCAAAGCUCCUCCAGUGCGUCCCUGCCCUAUGGAUACUUCGGUAGCGGCUACUACCCGUGCAGAAUGUCGCACCACAGUAGCAUAAAGUCGUGCGGCACGCAGCCCCCCUCUGCGUACGGGGAGAAGUACAUGGACACGUCCGCCUCGGGCGAUGACUUCACCUCGCGGGCCAAGGAGUUCGCCUUCUAUCCGAGCUAUGCGUCCGGGCCGUACCAGCCCGUUCCCAGUUACCUGGACGUCCCCGUAGUUCCAACUAUGAGCGGGCCAGCAGAACCCAGACACGAGCCCCUGCUGCCCAUGGAGAGCUAUCAGCCAUGGGCUCUGACUACAAACGGGUGGAACGGACAAGUCUACUGCACCAAGGAGCAGCCUCAGCCCGGACAUAUGUGGAAAUCCUCCAUACCAGACGCAAUGUCUCACAUAGGAGGGGACGUGAGUUCCUUCAGACGUGGAAGAAAGAAGCGCGUGCCAUACACCAAGGUGCAACUGAAGGAACUUGAGCGCGAGUACGCGGCCAAUAAAUUCAUAACGAAGGACAAACGAAGGAGGAUAUCGGCCCAGACGAAUCUAUCCGAGCGACAGGUCACUAUCUGGUUUCAGAACAGACGGGUAAAGGAGAAGAAGGUGGUCGUCAAAGUGAAGAGCAUCAGCUAGUUCUGAACGAUGGGAAUUGAGUACACACACACAAACACACACACACACAUACACACACACACAAACACACACACUCAAAAUGCUCUUCACGCUUUUUGGUUGGAACAGUUGACUCAUUAUAUCCCACCGAUCAUGAUUCACAAAUGUAGGCCUACUUUGCCAAAUGCGUUCCGGGACCUUUUUGGAACGAAUAUGCAUAAAAACUCUGGACCUUCCACCUUUCCUCCAUGAUGUAAAAUAUUGUUCGCGGUGAAUGGAUCCCAAAGCAGGAAGGGGCGUGUAAACUUUGCGACUGGUAUGCAGUACAGGAAAACAGACACCCUUCAGAGGUGUGUGUUUUAGUUUCUAAUUUUAUCUGCAACUUCACCAUGUGGAGGGAAAAAAAACAUUUGGAAAUCCACAGGAAGUGACGGCAUUUAGGAUUAUAGCUUCCACGGUUAAAUAUUAAUCCGUUCCAUUUCCCCUUCAACACACCACUUAUCAUGUGCAUCUUUAUUUAAAGUUAAGCUUUUUCAAAUGGUUCUCUUGCUCUCACUCAUAACGAAUCCAUGGUGCAUUCCCUCUUGUAAUGCAUAGAUAAUGGUCUGUGUGCCCAUAUGAACCAUAGGUUUUAUAUUGUGUGUGUAUUCAUGUGGUUGUAUAAGUAAACUAUGCAGACAAAACUAUAAUAUUUCAGGGCAUCUGUGUGUGUCUGUAAAACAUGUCGGUGUAGAAGGAUUGACAUGAAAAUCCGUCCCAA